CGUUAUGCUGAGUGUGCACGCGCACGCCGCCGCCGCCGCCUCCUCCUCCUCCUCCUCCCAUUCACUCCCGGUGCGCGCUGUGCUGUGAGCUCAUAGCGCUACAGCCGCCAGAGCGCCCGCCGCACAGAGCGCCGUGCUGAUUCAUCGCCGCUCCGCACCGCGAGGCUCAGCGCGACCGGGCGACGGGCUGCUAGGAGGGGAUUCCCUUCGCUCGACACGGGUGGGAGGCGGCGAGACGCGGAGUGACAGCUAGGGGGGCUUUUUUUAUCGUCGAGAAACGCGCGACCCGGGCUGGGCGAGCAGUGCCCUCAGCUCGAAGCUCAUCCUUCAGCCGCGCACGGCGCCAUCAGCAGGAAGUCUUACUGGGCAGUUGAGAGCGGCUCUCGUGGCAUGACUACUACAAACAAGGGAAACAAAGCGCUGAAGGUGAAGCGGGAGCCGGGGGAGAAUGGCACGAGCCUUACGGACGAUGAGCUGGUGUCCAUGUCGGUGCGGGAGCUGAACCAGCACCUGCGCGGCCUCUCCAAGGAGGAGAUCCUGCAGCUGAAGCAGCGACGGCGCACGCUCAAGAACCGCGGCUACGCUGCCAGUUGCCGGGUGAAGCGCGUGACGCAGAAGGAGGAGCUGGAGAAGCAGAAGGCGGAGCUGCAGCAGGAAGUGGAGAAACUGGCCUCCGAGAACGCCAGCAUGAAGGUGGAGCUGGACGUGCUGCGCUCAAAGUACGAGGCCCUGCAGAGCUUCGCCAGGACUGUGGCCCGCAGCCCAGUGACCCCCACCAGGGGCCCCAUCACCUCUGUCAUCGGGCCCCUCAUACCGGGCAAAGUGGCCGCCACCAGCGUCAUCACCAUCGUGAAGUCCAAAACAGAAGCGCGAUCAUAAUGCACAGCUGAGGGGAAUGCCCUUAAACUCUUCGGUCAGUGCAUCAGUAUCAAGCACGGGUCUAUGGCUUCUGCUUCUGGCUGAAAUGAAAAAAUAACUAGCACUUGAAUAUGCGCUGUCCAGCAGUGCGCUCCUGAAACGGGCAAUUAUGGAGAGUUGCGGUGAGCUGAUCUCAGUCACUGUCUGCUCUCUGCUCUCUCAUCGCAACCGUGUCCUGCGCUUCUGUUCAAAAGUUUGGAAUCAAUGGUUUUAAUAAAUGGAAAACCACGUUUUGUUGCAGGUACGUGGGUAACACGAUAUUGAUAUACUAUUCCUGUGCGAUCUCACAGGUUUCAGAUCCUUCAUAGGGAGAUAGGAAGCUGAAACUCUAUAAAGAAAAAGACGUGUUGCUGUAGGUGACAGCAGGGCUGUCCGAUUGGGUUUCCUCUGGGCCACAGCCCUGCAUCUAUCCUUUAUCUAACACUCUCAAUUAGCUUAGGGGCUGAAUCAGGUGUGUCUAAUGAGGCAGAACACUAUUGUUGCCUUCAACUAAAGACAGUAACUCGGACUAGGAAAGAAAUCAAAGAAAACAUCCCCUCAACUGGGAGUUCCUACUGGGAAAAUCGAGUUCGGAGUAAUCAUAUUAACGUGGAUGCUUCAUGGUCAACGUGGUUUGCUGUUUUGUGAAGGUAAUGUUAGCUGGCUGGCCUUUUGCAGAAGGUACUUGCUUUCAUCGAGGUGUUCAGGUUUGGCGAGGUCGUAAAUGAUUUCAUUCUGAUCUCUGACGUCCUCUGAGUUACGUUGAACACCAGUUGUGGCCCAGUAGGACCCUAGUUUGACAUUCGUGUUGUCAAAUGAGCCAGAACUCCGAAAAACUGUGCAUAGCAUCCUAGAUGAAAUUAUAAUAAAAUACAGGAAUGCUUCAUUUUUUACUGAGUAAUCAUCGAAUCUCAAGGCGGAUAACUUGACCAUUAACCAGUACUUACAGAAUACUAAUUAUUGCCUAAUAAUAUAGAAUGGAAUAUGUGAAAAUAACUUUAGGGUGUGUAGUUUAUGACAUUUUAACUGUAGAAUUUACUAUUUUAUAUUAAAAAAAAACGUAACGUCAUUCCAAUCUUUUGAACAGUCGUCUUUUCUUCAGUGCUUCUCAUGUCUCUGCACUGCCUGAUUUAACUCACCUAAUUUUGUGCUAAUUGGCAAGUUUUCAAUUAUCUGAAUCAGCUGUGAUGGAGCAGGAAAACACAACUCCGAGCAGGGAGUACAUUGAGGAACAUUGCAGUCCUCGGCAAUUAACACUAAACUGUCAUUGUCACGACGCGCUGAUCUUCAUAGCACUGCUGGUCCCCUGACGCGCCCGGGGAAAUAAGAGAUUAAUAUUGUUUUCAGUUUUCAGAUUCCUGUGCUUGAUGUCAUCCACUGACCAGUUUACAAAUGGGCAAAGCGAGGAGCGCCAUCACGAUUUCACAAGUGAUGACGAAAACUGUUCGAUCUGAAGGUUCAAAUCUUCAUUUUUAAACAACCUUAGGCUGAAACAAGCCAGUGCUUUCCACAGACUGCAGCUGCUGAGUCGUUAGCAUUCUUACCCAGAUGACUGAGGUAAUUUAGGCCAACACUAUUUUAUUUAUUCUGCACUGAAAGGAGAAAUUGCCUCUUUGGACUAGGCGAUGAAGUGGAGAUUCAGAAGUAGUCGUAAAAUUACAGUUGUGAAACUGUCACAUCCGUAAAAAAACAACCAUAACCCACGGAAUGACUCUGCCAGCAUGACUGUGGCUCUAGAAAUGGGAAAUAUUUGACUGGAGUUUGGAAAGAUGCUGCUUUCGUCUUCUUCAGCUUUUUUGGCCUGGAGAUAAAAGCAAGGUAACACAUUUGUUCAGGUUCUGUACGAGGAUGCUAAUGUUAACACUGCAAACUCAGCAAACGCCGUGAGUGGAAAGCAGCGGCCACUCGUUGCUUAAAGAUGAGAGUUUGAUGUCCUGUUUCCAGAGUCCAGAGUCCGUUUUCCCCGAAACAGCCGAGAAUCAGCUGUUGGCUGUUUUUGUUUUGUUUCUCGUUUUGUUCAAUUCCAUUUGUGGAAUGAUGUUUACAAGUUAUAUUCUGAGGAAUAUGACAAGGAGAGGCAAUAAAAUAUUGUAUUUAUGCAUGGAAAAUAAGAAAUCCAGUAGCUGUGUCUAAAGGUGAUGUUCACCUUCUGUAGACGCAGGUUACACAGAGUUCGUCAUGAGGGAGCCUUUCCAUAAAAUAUAGCAAACAGUUUUCCUUGUUUCCUGACUCGGAGGAGUGGCUACUAGUGUUUUCCGUCGUUUUUUGAACAUGUUUUGAGGUAAACGUUCGUAAAGUGCAUUGACAAACGUGUGAAAUCUUGAGAGGUUUAGUUCCGUUCGACGUCCUAGAGCUGUAAACAUUUUGUUUUGUUUUGUUUUUGGGUUAAUCGCGGUUCUCCAAACACAACCUACACAGGCUUUAUCGUUGAAUUUAUUAGUAAGUGUUCCUCGAUGUCCUUGUCUGACUGAAGGUUUAGUUGUACUUUUCUUUCCUUUUUGGUAAGAAAAUCCUUUGUGAUUUAUAGGGGAAAAAAUGGAAAAAAAAAUCUUGAACUUGUUUGAUAUAAAUUUUGCAAUUGUACCAAAAGUGGCUUAUUAUUGAAGUCUGAUAGCUUUUCUAGUGACUAGGCGCGUGCAGUGGAGUAGCGCGUGGCGUGCUGUGAAAGUGAUCAGGUGGCAGUGUCGUCCACUGUAGUGGUGUCAUGCUGUACUAUUUAAAUGAAUAUAUUUAGAAGAGUCUCAUAAAACAAGGCGGUGUACAGAAGACAGUCAUCCAUCCACAUUCGUCCCUUCCAUGCAUUUGAUACAGGAUUUUGUAUUUUCUGGAUUUCGCUUAGCAAUGCAAAACUGAAUUCUUCCUCCGCAUUGAUCUCUCCCGAGUAACGGACUUCCAUGAUGCGACCUGCUGCACCUCGAUAUGAGAACGACGCUGAAGGUGCUCUCAAAGACAUGUUCUGAACACUUGCAGAGAGAGACAUGUUUUCAGACGUAGACAAGGCAAAGUUUUUGCAUACUAACAUUUGAGCUUCAUCACUGAGAACUGCAUUCAAUUAAUUUGGCCACGCUUUAUAUUAGGUGUCCUUUUUUUCUCUAUAACAUUUGGCUUGCAUGACAAAACUGAUCCGUAAAAUAAUGAAGCGGCUGAAUUCCGAACUGACUGUGCGACGUUUUUAAAUUGAACAGCAGCCCCUUUUUACAUGAGUGCCAUUGUGAAGGUCAUUAGCAGUGGCCAAUUAGUAGACUUCCUUCAUGUCGUACAGCCUGACAUACCAGGCAUAUGUAAAGAGAUUAUAGUAAUGCACUCAUCACGUCCGGUAUUUGCGUUUACUUGAGAUUUGUAAAUACAAAGGGGCCCGGUGGACUUCAUUGGGAUGCUGGAAAUGGAAAAACAUUACAUGCACAAACACAGAUUUAUGGUUUAUGGAUACCUAAAAUAAGUCUGAACCAACAUUUUGUUUGUUUACGUCCAUUAAGUUGCACAUGAGCUGUGUCGGCUUGAACAUGGCGCUGAGACUAUAGGCAAAGUGUAGCACUAUAGAUGCAGUACAGUACCUUCAUGAGCAUACGAGACGAUCAUAUUACAUAUGAUCAGGUUAUUUUCAUGACUGAAGUAAGUGAAAAUGCACUGUUGAGAUGAGCGUAUUGUUUUUGAUAUGCUCUUGCCUGCUUUCUGCUCAGGACAAAAACGUGUCGCGUAACGUACCGAAAGCAAUUCAUCUUUCACCUGGUGGUGAGGGUCCGUCGAGGAAUUUAGUGAGAGAGACUGGAUCGAGUUUGGGAAGUCCUUAAAACUACUGGCGUUUUUCUUUAAGGUUUUGUUGUGUGAAGACACAGAAGUGGAAACGGUCCUCCCAAAAAGUCCUUACGGCUUGCGUUCAUUAUUUUUUUGAAGAGAUGCUCCUCUCAGUUCAGGUUAGUGGUGAUUAGUUAAGAUGAUGCUGAAAUGAUUGGACCACCAGUCUAGCAUGUUUGGCUGAGCUGCUCCAUUAACCGCACCAGUAGACGUCUGGAGUUGGGUCAUCGUUUUAUUGUUGGUGUCAUGCACUAAUAAGGAACUCUGGGUUCAAGCUAGUUUUGCCUGUUCCUAAUCUGAUGUGUUUUGUUCUGUUUUCUGUGUACAUUUUUCCUCAAAUCUCAUUGGAUCUUCUGCAUUACUUGGUUGUUAAAUAGGCAACGUAUCAUUUCCAGCAUUUAAGCAUAUUAGAUCCAUAAUACAGACUAUAAAGAGACGGAUCUACUGUGUGCAGAUGUAACCAAACAGCCUUGAUUUCAUGCCUGUUGCUUCUAUUAAAAUCAAUGACUAACAAACAUUUUGUGGCCAUUUUUUCAUUUCUCCUAGAGGAGAAAGAAAUGACCCUAUCCGCGGCUAGAAAAGACUUAGCCCCCAUCCAUAAAUCUCUCCUGACACCCCUUGUGUUGGGUUUGGAACGUUUUUAUUAUAGAGGACAAUGCAGGGGGCGGUUUUGGAAAACGCCAUUCAUUUUUCACAUAGAGAAAAACGUCUCGGAGUUCCUAAUUUGAGCAUGACACCGACUGAAAUGGGUGGCAAGUCUGCACUAUUGUGUCUAUUGUGGUACAGCUCUGAACUCUGAUGACUAAUUGAAUCUGUAUGGUGUUAAGGCAGCGGUGCUCAGUGGCGUUCACAUCACUUCUACUCCAGAGCAUCAUGUUGUAUUGCAACCCUGGAAAAAUGAUGAUCCUGCCGUACUACAGUUUGGAGACGAUUUAUCCUCAGUUGACAUGUUGGCCGGGAGGCGUGCUGAAGCUGCAUUGUUCAUCGAAACAUCUUGCACCGCGAGGUUCCUGCUGAUUGCGUCGUGGGUGGGGGGGUCGUGCACAAGUGGGUCGGCGAGAUGGCAAGGGGUCAGUUUUGCCGUUUUUGCAGAACUGACCGUCCCUUGUGCAUUAAUUGCAUUGCAUCCAUGUUAAUGCAGUCAUCUGCGUUUUUCAAACAGCACCCAUUCUGAAAAAUCGGAGGGCCACUGGUGGCUUCUGCCCAUGGUGCUCCUCAGCGGUGUUAAAUGGAGUUCUUGGACAAAUGCCUCACUUUAUCCUUUUGUGGACAUACAUUAUUGAUCACCUUGACUCAGAGCUAUUUUGCACUGCCGUGUUUGCUGUAGCUCUUAUAAUAGUGCUAUUGUGAACCGGACAGUUGGAGGGAAUGAUAUCACACUGAGGAGUACACUGAAUAAUAAGGGAUGUUUAGAAAAACCUUCCAUCACCAAAUCGAUCAAGAAACAGGCUUACUAAGAGUGUGUGUGUGUGUGUGGGGGGGGGUUGCGGGGGGGGACUUGUCUGUUUUUUUGUUUCUUCACAGUAAGCAUCCAACUCUUUGACCCUUUCCAUUGUCUGAAAAGAGUUGGGAGGACUGAUAACUUUAUCAGCAGUUAUGUGACAAUAUGUACUAGCUUUAGGCUAAGUAGGCUUCGUUCAUCAUGUUCUAUGUUUGGUGAGCAGGUAACCACAGGUUUCUCUUUGGCUCCGAAUAGUUCUUUGUCUCAAAAGUGUUAAAUCAGAAAAUAAAGCUAUGAAACGUGAGGUGGUGAUCGGUGAAUUACAUUGAUAGAAUGUUGUUUUGGUUGCUUUUAUCUAUGGGUUGUAAUAAUAUAUAUAUAUUUCAGUACUUUGUAUCAAAUACGGUAACAAAAAUGGGUGAAUUGUAACUAUUUAUGAAUUAAAUUAUUGUACUUUUUUGCAAUCUGUAGAUACACAAGUGAUAUGAUGUAUUCAUAUAUAAGAACUGUGGAUUUUAACCAUGCAGUUAGUCAUUCUCGGGUGUGGCUAAGUUAUCGAUGUACUGUUGUAUAUACUGUAUGUUUGGCAGCUUCCUUUAUUUUAUAUAUGAUCAAUAAAAAAAAUGUUUUGA